UAGGGAUGGCCUAUUUGCGCCCAAUGGGGGCGAAGACACGCAGACGGUCCAGUCUUCAGGAAUGUACGUUAAACCCUGAGGCAGGACCCCGUGCUGACGGCGGGUCAACUGCCGAAUAAAGAAGGGAUAUUUGAAGAAAAAAAGCCGAUUCAUCCGAGAAACGAAGGCUGUGCGGAAACCGGCAGACAAACACUACUCACCCCGGAAUCUUCCAAUUCUUCCCAAGUAUCUUUCUUUUGGAAUUACCUUCUCCGACUGCACGGCGAUGUGAACCAGAAGACUGUCGGUCACCGGAGGGUCGUGUAUUCUGUCGGGUUGCAACCUCAGUAGUUCGUUGUUGACAAAAUGGCGGAAAAGAAGAAAGGAAGAAAAAGGAAAGAGGAGUAUCCAGAUCCAGAUGAGAAACCAGAAAAGCCAAGUAAAGAUGAGUACACUAUCGCUUCAUGGCUCAGAAGCAACGUUCCUACAAAGAAGACCAAAUUUUUUAGCCACAACGUUCAGUAUUUUACUGGAUCGAAAGCAGUUGAUGCGCUUAUGGCGUCAAAAUUCGGGACGCCUGCCAAAGAAGGGGAGGAACCUUUCUUUACAUCGCGUGAACAUUGCAUCAGCUUUCUUGACAAUAUGCUGAGGCAUAAAUUCUUUCACCGGGCGAAAAAAGUCGCCAUAAGUGAGGACAUGCUGAAGCCGAAAAAGAAAAAAGACUCCUCAAAAACCGAUGACAAAGAUAAAAAAGAAAAAGAAUCCAAAAGCAAAGAUGAUGAUCAGGCUGCUGAAAGUAGCCAUGCAGAAGGAAAAGGGCAAGAGCAAUCAGAAACAGAGGAUGAAAGGAAGAAGAAAAAGAAAAAGAAAGUCAGGCUAGAAAUGCAUCUUCAACAAUUUUUCGCUGACAGUCUGGACGCUUAUGUUUGGAUUUAUGACCCAAUCCCUGCUCAUUAUUGGUUCUUUGGUUUUCUUGUUGUCUUGGCUGGAAUUGGAAUAUGUCUCUUUCCUCUUUGGCCUCCAUCCGUCCGGAUGGGUGUAUAUUAUUUGAGUAUGGCUGGAGCAGGCUUUUUGGUAUUUAUUAUCGCAUUGGCGGUUUUGAGAUCGGUUAUAUUUUUCGUGAUAUGGGUGAUGACAUUCGGCAAACACCAUUUCUGGAUUUUUCCAAAUCUGACCGAGGAUGUGGGAGUUAUCGCUUCUUUCUGGCCAUUAUAUGAAUACAAAUACAUUGGUGAUGAUGUUGCGGCGACCAAGAAAAAAAAGAAGAAGGAAAAACUUUCAGACAAUGAAGAAGAGGACACUAGAAAGAAUGUAAAGGAAACUACUGAGGAGACAGAAAAAUUGUUACCUGAAGAGGCCGGCGGAGAUGUCAGUGGCAGCGAAUCGGAACAUAGCAGCCAACAGAGUCAGACAGGCAAGGAUUUUGAAUUGGUUGACCGCGAGGAGGUUGAAAAUCAGUGAAAACCGGCUUUCCUUUUCUCUAUACUACGAAACACUCCGUCUUUUUAAAAAUGGAAUUGACGUGAGAAACAUCACAAACACUAUAUAUAUAUCUGUAUAUUCGCAUGGACGACGAAGGCGGGACAUUAAUAUUGUAAACAAAAGGUGCUGUGUAAAUUUAGUAUAUAGAAACGAUAUUUACAAGGAUCACUAUUAAUUUUGAAAACGUUUUAAAUACAUUUAAAUUGUACAUAUUUUUUAGAUAAAUAUUAUCAACUAUAUAGUUAUGAUUAUUGUUUUUUGCUUUCAAGCGUGUUACAAAAUUUAAUUUUGUCCGAUAAUUUUUAUGCGAUUGUAUAAAAGUCCUAAACUGUAAAACAUUCCGAUUUUUGUGGGCAUUUUGGAGAAAAAUUGGUGGUUGACACAAAAUUCGUGGAUUAUUAAUUUAUGUUGUUUUCCAGACGGCAAAGGAAGUUUUACAGGUACAGAUUUGUCGGUUUAAUAAACGAUACAAACAAAUUCUAAAGAAUGCCCUAUUUGUUGAUACAACAUUAUAUAUUUUUAAAAUGUAUUUAAAAUUUUAUAAUCAGGAAAAGAAAUGUUUAAUAAUUCAAAAAAGUUUUUAUACACUUAGUGACGAUUCUUUCUUUCAUACGUACAGAUAAGAUUUACAGAAGAUUUUGUUGAAAUUCUUCCGUUCUGGUCAUUGAUGAGGAAGCCAUUUCAUAACACGUCAGACAUUUUGUUCUGGAUGUCUUCCAGAAAAAAGUAAACUUAAAUUGUCGGUUGCGUAUUUUUUUCCAAAAAGUUCACAAUGGAAAAAUGAACCAUGAAGUACUUAACAUUACAGUGUUAUAAAAAUUGAUAUUUUCAAGACAUCUGUAAACUAUUUCCAGCAAUUACCAUUCCUCGAGCAAUGUGAUAAAAACAAGUUAUUUACUGACGAAUUACUGGUAAAAUAUAAUAACUCCUUAUUAAUUAAAAUUGCAGUUUUAGUAAACCAAAUGUAUGAAAGCUUUUUUGAUCAGUGUUUGUUCUAUCAAAUGGUAAUCACCAUUAAUCACU